UAUGCUCUAGUCUCUAGCCUUGCUCUAGCCUAUAACAAGCAUAUAACUGUUAGAUUUGACGUUAUUGAAGAAAUGUUGCCUGUAAAAAAUACUAAACUUCAGAAAGUUGUUUACAUAACAGGCGACUUUCAGGCGCUUGUGAGCUGUGACUCAUUUGUGCACAUCGAUUCGCGUAGCUUUGUAGUAUAUUCCUUGAGUGUUCAGGCGACCUUCGAGAAUAUUACAAUCCUGCUCCUAAGAUAGAGUUUGUGGUUUCGGUUAUAUACAACGUGAAAAAAGGCGGUAAGACCUAAUUAAAAAAUGUGAUUUAUAUUAAAAUUAGCAGCAAGAGAAGAGAAAUAGAGUUAGGCAUAAUAUUAUGUGAAUUGUGAGAUAAACAAAUCUGCAUAUUGACUGCGCUAUUUCUAAAUGUAAAUUAGAGAAAUUUGUGCUCUAAGAUCUACCCCAGAUACAGAAAAUUAACAUGACGUGUUCUCAUGCGAGUUGUUUUUCUAUAAAACUCGAGACUGGGUGUCUAAUAUGGGCCAUUUGUGGUAUCAUGAUAUCAAGCAUAGCGGCAAUAUUCUCAUUUGGUGUAAUAUUCUACUUUGAGUACUGCGAGACACCCAGUGGCGACGCUCUUGGACAUGCUAUUGGUGAAAUAUUCAUCAUCAUAGUAAUAUUUUUUACUUGUGUAAUCAUAGUAUCGUUUAUAUUUACGGUACUUCUCCUUGUUGGAGUUGUUAAGAGAAGGACGUCUUACCUGAGAGCAUACUUAAUAUUUGGCGUGGUGGUUUCUUCAUUCCUUUUAUUUGUAUUCUUUCUUCUAUCGAUGAUAAUGGGACAUGAUGGCCCCGAUGCGUUUGAUGUUUUCCUGCUAAAUUCUCUUAUCUUCUUUCUAUUUUUAGGUUUAUAUUCUCUUAUAUUACGCAUGGUUCACAUGACAUACAUAAAAUUCAGAGAUGAAAGUAUGCUUCAGCAGAACUCAAUUCAACACAAGACCAUCGUUUAAAUAACAAGCGGAAAUUAUUUAUAUAAAUUUAUUCAUGUUAAUUGUUCGCUUGUUGUUCGCAAUCUUCAAUAAUGUGCGAUGAUGCGUAGCGAGGAAUGUGUUUAUUGGUGGAAAAGCACCUUAAAUAGUAUGUCGCUUGAAAUAUUAUGUAGAUUGAUCAUUGAUUACAUUUUUGCGCUGAUGCCGUCAGCCGUUGUGAUAUGGUAGUUGUGGUAUGGUAGUAUGGUAUAAAGUAUUUAGAAAUAAAAAUUAUAAUUUAUAAUCUAAGUUUAUAAUAUUAAUCAGUGUUGAAUGUUGACUAAUAAAGAAAAUCCAUAUUGAUGUAACAGUUUGUACAAUAGGUAUACAUAA